GCUCCCCGGCCCCGCUCCCUGCGGGGCAGGAUGGCUUCGGUUGAAAGGGAGGCGCUGUCCCAAGAGGAGCUCCGGAAAAGACUGUAUCAGACUUUUAAGAGCCGAGGCGUGCUGGACACACUUAAGACGCAGCUCCGAAACCAGCUCAUCCAUGAACUGAUGCACCCAAUUUUGAGCGGAGAACUUCAGCCACAGACGGUUCCAAGCGAUGACAGUUCACUUUUGAUCACAGCUUCCAACAGUCUGGUGGCAGAUCAUCUACAGAGAUGUGGCUACGAGUAUUCGCUUUCAGUUUUCUUUCCAGAAAGUGGAUUGGAGAAGAAGAAGCUGUGGACUAUGCAAGACCUUCUUCACUUAAUGAGGAUCAGUCCAAAGUCCAGUCUUUACAAAUCACUGACUUCAGGAACCCAGAAGGAAAAUAAAGGUUUUCUUAUGCAGAUUUUAAUCGGACUUACAGAGCAUCAUCUAAAUAAGGAAACUCAUAACACAGAAACUCAGACAACCUCAGUGCCUCCUUAUAGAGAAUCUCUUGCUGAGAAGCUUCAGCUGAUUGAUGAGCAGUUUGCAGACUCUUAUCCCCAGCAUCAGAAGUACGAAUCUUUAGAAGUAAAACUUCAUGAAUAUAGAAAAGAAAUAGAGAAGCAGCUUCAAGCAGAAAUGCAUCAAAAGCUGGAACACUUUAAAGAAGUUGAAAUAGCAAAAAUUAAAAUGGAGGAGAAAGUGCAGACCCAGAAAGAAAUCUCUGAGCUGCGUCACGAGUUAGAGAAGACACAUCAAGCAAAGUCUGAAGCCUUGAUUUCUCGUGAAAAGAAUGCUAUUGAGAGGCUUCAAAAGCAACAAGAGAUAGAAGCAAAGGAAGUGUACGCUCAGAGACAAAGUCUGCUGAAAGAUAUCGAAGCCGUAAGAACCAGGGAGGCGGAACUGAAGGAAAGGAUGGAGGCAUUUGAACUCACUCAGAAACUUCAGGAAGAGAAAAAUAAAGCUAUUGAUGAUGCACUUCGGCGUCGAGAGGUUGCUGUGAAGAACAUAGAGGAAACAUAUGACCAGAGGCUGAGGACAGAACUCUUAAAAUAUCAGCUUGAAUUAAAAGAAGAAUACAUAACCAGAACCAAUAAAGUUACUGAAGAUGAGAAAAAAAAUAAAGAGAAAGCCAUGCUUUUGCAUGAAGAAGCCAUUGCUGUUAAUUCGAAAAAGGAGGAACUCAAGCAAGCUGUAUCACGCACGAAAGAGCUUGAGCUGGAUUUGGAGUCAGUGAAGGCUCAGGUUCUGUUGGCAAAUAAACAGAAUCAGUUGUUGACAGAGAAACUGAAAGAGUUAUCAGACUAUCCUUUGCUAAAGGAGGAGAAAUUGGAGCUCCAAGUGCAGAAUAAACUACUUAGGCAACAGUUGGAUGAGGCUCGCAGUGAGAACCAGCAUCUCCGAGACAAGCUGUCCCAGCCCUCAGCAGAGUACCUGGCCUGCCAAGUGGAGCUGAGGAGAGUGGAGCACUCUAGGAAGCUGGUGCUGGAUGAAUUUGAGAGUCGUAAGCAGAUUUUGGAAAAGCAGCUACAAAGUAAGGUUGAGCGUUGUGCCCAACUAGAGACCCAACUGUUAGAGUCCGAAGCUACUGUCAGAAAAUUAAACAUGCAGGUUGAAGAACUGAAACUGCAAGUGAAACAAACACAGGCAGCUCUGGAAAACGAAGUGUAUCGGAACCCAAAACCUUCGCUUGUCGAUCGCUCUGUCCUCGACUUCACCAGUGACAGAGCUGUACCCCAUGAUAUUUACGUGGAUAGUGCGUUCCUGAAGAAUCGUGUUAUGACGGAUGUGAUGCAGGUAAAUGCUGUGCCAAGAGACAGCCAGCAGUUACAGCCACGCAGUGCUUCCCCGGAUUCUGACCUGGAGUACAUCGCGCAGACCUGGGCUAGAGUAAAAGAGCUAUCAAAAGAGGCAGAGUACUUGGAAGAAGCUUACAGGAAUUACCAACACAGAGUCAUACAGAAUGCAGCUGCAAGCAGAACACCGAGAAAGAUGGAGUCUCCUUUAAUUCUACAGCAUGCUCUUAGUGGACCCUCUUUUACUACCCAGCAUGAACUUGUAGAGGAUAAUCCCAGCUUCCCACAUUCCCUUCUGAGCAGCCCAAGAGGCGAAGAACACAUCAAAAGAACUGGGCAGGCUGAUAUCUUUAAAAAUCCCUUAACACCACCACAGAGAGGAGCAUCAUCGUCAAGACGCCUUUCUUCUACUCCCAUUUCCAAAUCCAUGAGAGAUCUCAGUAACAAGAAAAUUCCAGAUGACAUCAAGAGCUCAUCCCUUACCUCUUCACAGCGGAGUGUUGACCAAGUGCUUUCUCCUAUUUCAAAGCCAUAUCUGCUUUCAUCUUCUGAGUCUGUUCCUUCCUCACCAUCCAGUCAUGCCCAGAAAAUCAGACUUCAGAGUCAACAAACAGAUAAACAAGAUCUCAGUGAUAUCCACAAACCUAAGAAACUAACGUACGAGGACCUUGAAGAACACAUUUAUUCUCUUGAAGAUCAGGGGGACGUGCCAGAGGAGUGUGAAAGUGAUGCGUUGCUUCCAUCUGGGGACAUCGUUAAUGGAAACUGUGUCACAGCUCCUGUGCCAGCAACAGCCACUUCACUUCAGGAUUUAAAGAUGCUGGAUCAAAGACAGAUUGAAGAACAGAACAGAGAAGCUGAGGAAAACUUAGAAGAAAGGAAAGCAAGAGAAGAAAGGAGAGAGAGAGAACAACAGGAAGCUUUGGAAAGCGAGCAAGAAGAAGUGGAAAAGCUUAACAAAGAGAUGUAUAUCCAGGACUCGAUGACAAUAGAUGAAGAAAAAGAAGAUAAGGAGGGAGUAAAAUCUGUGAAUAGCAGUUCUGGUGCUGAAGAUCAUGUAAAGGAUCCUCCUUCAAAUCCAUUAGAAAAAUACAUGAGAAUAAUUCAGCAAAGCAGAGAGCAGGAUCUGUCAAACAAGGAUUCAAAAAAAGAAGAAAUAGGAGAAGUAUCACAUUCAGAGGGACUUCUAUCUAGUGAAAAGGAUGACAGUGUUGCAGACAUUUCUCAUGGAGACAUGGAUGAAAGCUUCUGGUGAACAAUAGCUACUGAUUUUUUAAUUUUAAUUAUUAUGAUAAGAAAGAUGUUGUUAAAGCAGCUUUCUGCCUGUAAAAAGUUGUAAUAAAUGUUAAGCACUAACAUUGCAGGCUGUGUAAUUAUAAAUUAAUAAAGCUGAUUUUGAGCCGUCUCAUCACUUCA